CGUCACGGGGCUAGCUGACAGAACCCGGGCGCCUGGCGCUCGGGAGGUAUUGUCCGUCCCUCCGCGCUUUGGAGAGUCGUCGCCGGCUCACCUGGCCGUGGGCGCGUCCUUGGCGCUGCAGCCCGGAGCGGGGUGCCAGCCGCCGCCGCCGCCCCCGCCAUGGUGUCCCCGGUCACUGUGGUGAAGAGUGAAGGACCCAAACUGGUGCCGUUCUUCAAGGCCACCUGCGUGUAUUUCGUGCUCUGGCUGCCCUCAUCUAGCCCGUCGUGGGUCAGCACCCUCAUCAAAUGCCUGCCCAUCUUCUGCCUCUGGCUCUUCCUUCUGGCCCAUGGCCUGGGAUUCCUGCUGGCCCACCCUAGUGCCACCCGCAUCUUUGUGGGGCUUGUCUUCUCUGCUGUAGGUGACGCCUUCCUCAUCUGGCAGGACCAAGGAUACUUCGUGCAUGGUCUGCUGAUGUUUGCUGUGACCCACAUGUUCUACGCCUCGGCCUUUGGCAUGCGGCCACUGGCUCUUCGGACAGGUCUGGUGAUGGCAGUGCUGUCUGGUCUGUGCUAUGCCCUCCUCUACCCGUGCCUCUCAGGUGCCUUCACCUACCUGGUGGGGGUCUAUGUGGCCCUUAUCGGCUUCAUGGGCUGGCGAGCUAUGGCAGGGCUGCGGCUGGCUGGGGCAGACUGGCGCUGGACAGAGUUGGCAGCUGGCAGUGGUGCACUCCUCUUUAUCAUCUCAGACCUGACCAUCGCCCUUAACAAAUUCUGUUUUCCUGUGCCCUACUCUCGGGCGCUCAUCAUGUCCACCUACUAUGCGGCCCAAAUGCUCGUCGCCCUGUCAGCUGUCGAAAGCCGGGAGCCUGUGGAACACUACAGACUGAGCAAGGCCAACUGAGGUGCCAGGGUCCGGUCACCCCUCUCUCCUCCUGGGGCUGGGGCCCAGAUCCUGGGAAGCUGCAGCAGCUGGAUCAGGAUGGCUGCAGUGCCAUCCUGGGGCAGCAGGUUCUGCCUGAGGAAUUUGCAAGUUUGAGUGGGGAGGCUGGAAAAGGAUCUCCCUAGCGGAACUCGUGGUCCAGGACAAUGCUGAGAGCUAAAAGAGCCAGCCUAAUCCCUGACUGGAGCCAGAAGUAGACAUCUCCCCACCUCUACCCCAUCAGGACUUUCAAAAGCCCCCCUGGAAGGUGAUGGUGCUCAGCUUCUUGACACACCCCCUUCCCCUACCAGGUGGAAGAGUCUGACUCCAUGUGUUAUGCCUAGGACCAAUGGCAGUGGUUCGUCCACUCCUCCCCUUUUUCAUCUGCACAGAGUUGAGGGAAAUGGGAGAAUCUGUGCCGAGAAGACUUAGACCCAGGAGCCCCUUUCACAGGCCCCUAGUUGGGAAGACUGGAUGAGAGUGGAGCCUCCCUUUUCCCUCUUCUAUCCUUGUUACUUGAACAAUCUCAAUCUCUAAGUGGUGGGUGGGGACAUGAAGAGGUGUGGAUCCAGGCUAGGCAGGAGAGAGAACUUUUUUGGUCUCGGAGCUUGGGGUCUCAAGAAUUCAAGUGGCCCCAUCUCUCUCUCAGGCAAGCCCAAAGCUCAGGUCCCAUAUACCACCCUUAGAUCCUGUCCCCAGGGCUAGGGUGAACCAUGCCAAAGGAGGGGCCAGCUUCUGUGUGUGUGUGUGUGUGUGUGUGUGUAGCCUGUCUCCUAGUCUGCCUAUGUCUUUCUCUGCUAUAUGUUUCUGUCCUGCUGUCUGUCUGUCAAAAGUCUCACAGAGAGAGGGCCUCAGGGAGCUGCUGAGGGGUGCUGAGCCUGGCUCAGGGAGCUGGGACCUCUCCCCUCCAACACACAUACUCACAGGGCUUUCCUCCUUGCCCCUCCUACACUAGGAGCAAGAGGAGGGGGCUGCAAUGACACUCUGGGGUUUUAAGACCCAAGGCACAUUCAAUGCAAGGGGAGCGAGGAUGGGACAACUCCAUCUUCUGCUGCCCAUGUGAAAAAAAAAAUAAAAAUCAAGAGCCAUUGGCUGCUCUGCUUGUGUGCCUGUGUGGCACAUGCCUAUCUUGGAGAGGGCAUGGGGGCAUGGUGCCAGGGGCUCUGGCUGUCCUCACAGCCUAGUCACAGUCCUGGGCAGUGCAUCUUGGUGCCAGGCUGGCUCCCUGGCUCUGGUGACACUGUGCUGGUUGGAGUGUGUCUCAUUUCCCUGGUGUAGGUGAGGAUGUGGUUUAGGAGGAUGGGGGAUGGGUGGUAUUUGCCACUGUCCAAAUUUGUCCUUGUUGUACUCCCCUGUGCACAGGUGCCCAGCACCCUUGGUGACCUUUAGUUAUCCAGUGUCACCUAUUGCUGCCCACCUCCUCCCCUCCUGACUUGAGACCUGCUGCUUCCUUCAAAAUGAUGCAGAUUCCCUUCAAGCAUCUCCCUCAUCUUGGAAUCUGGGCUUAGUUGAACAGCUGGGAGCAAUGGGAUUAGAUUGACUGAUUCAUUCAUUAGAUGUAAAGCCCUGGCAGAAUAAUGUGUCACUCUGCUCCAGGAGCAUUUGCAAGUUAACAGGCAAUGCCCUAACCCAGAAGUGGAAAGGGAAGCCUUCGGUGGUGGUGGAUAUGCCAUCAGUAGAGGUGUUGCACAUUUGUGGGAAUGUGAUUUAGGAGACUCAAGUGUCAUGGGUGGUUGGAUGAAUCAGUGAUUUCCAAAUUAGUUUUUACAGAGAUUCCUGGUAAGGGGUUAGCGAAGGAAUAAUGAGAGAAGGCAGGCUCAAAGACCCCCUAUCCUUAUUUCAAGUCCAGUAGCUUCUUAGGUUGUGUUUUUUUGUUUUGUUUUGUUGUGGAAGGAGUCCACUGAAAAACGUAAGUUUGAAACUUAGUGAGCUGGAUGAUCAAUCCUUUCUAGCUCUGAACCCUGGACACUAAAGAGGGAAGAUCUUGAUCCUUUCAAACUUCAGAACUCUGAACACAGACCUACCUAGUAUGAAGAAAUGGGAGAGAGCAGGAUGGGGAGAAGGAUGAAGUCAGCAGGACUUGCCUCCAAGCUCUGAGGGGAGGGGUAAGGUGCCAUGUGGAUGUGGAGGAGGGGAAGGGAAGUCUAGGCCCAGUCACAGGAAGGCUGGUCACUGCCUUGUGGGUGGGUUUGGACUAGGCUUUCAGGGGUCCAGGUCUGGGAUUCCCCAUCAUGCAAUCACAUCCAUCCCCUUGGUCCCUGCUGUAUACCACCCUCAGGAACAGGAAAGGAUGAAUUUAGUUUAUUGCCCCAUCCCUUCACUGAAUGUUUACAUUGACAAACACCAGAGAGCAAACUGGGCUUCCUGCACCAGGUCAUGCAGAGGACCGGCCAAGAAGCUCCACAUCGUAACAGCCUCCUGAUGCCUGGACUGGGCUGGAGCUCACAUAAGGUGCUUUGAUUUCUUCUGCAGACUCUCGGUGAUGGAUGCUACAAUUGACUUAUCAUCUUUGUCUGAAAGAGCAAAGCAAGUAUUCAUUAUAUUAAUGAUGCUGGGGACCAGGGAAAUUCCAAACUGCUGGACUUCCUAUGCAGGAAACCAGGAGCUGGACCCUGGGACCCUUAAUCUUGGGUUGGCAGAGCGGAAGGGGCGAGAGUUGCCAUUUAUCUAGCAGUUAAUAUUUGUCAGACAUUGUGCCAGGCAAUUCUGUACUAUCUCAUUUAAACCUCACAGUCCUAUAAAGAAGAUGAGAAAACAGGCUCAAUGAGGUCGCUUGCUAAGGUCACAUGGCUGGUCAGUGGCAGAGCCAGGGCCCUGGGCCCAUAUGCUGUGCUUACAACCAGAGUUGAGUUAUCAGGGAUCUCUUUAGCUGUGGAAUGAAAGCUGGAUAGCGCCCACAGUGCCUUCCCUGGCCUAGUUCUUUUACACAGCUCAGCAGCCUCUCUGGAGAUAUUGUCUCAGUGCCAGACACUUAGCUAAGCACUCAAGAGACAGAGCAACAGGACAAGGUCCUUUCCCCAAAGAAAGGUAUCUAUAACUGGACAAAAAAAGGUUUGUAACCAUGGAGACCACAGCAGUGGAGUGUCAUGGAAGGUUCAGGAGUAGCAGAAAAUGAGAUGAGAGGUGGGGGAGGGGGAAACCUUGUUGGAGGGGGAAACCAUGAAAGGAAAGCCGGGGGAAAUUUAAGCAACAGCAAGGCAGGCCAGCUUUGCAUUUAGAGUUCAUGCUGCUAGCUGUGUGGCUAUGAAGACAGUAGACUGGGAAGGAAUAAAAUGCUUCCCCUGAUAUGUGCACAUGAAUAGAAACAUGGCAUGCAUGUACAAAAGGGAGGGCCAGCUUUGCAUUUAGAGUUCAUGCUGCUAGCUGUGUGGCUAUGAAGACAGUAGACUGGGAAGGAAUAAAAUGCUUCCCCCGAUGUGUGCACACAUGAGUAGAAACAUGGCAUGCAUGUACAAAAGGGAGGUUCCCUUCGCUCCUCGCCUUGCUUGUGCCCCCCACCUGCCCUUAUCCUAGACCAGUUUUAAUUUUGAUUGCACAUCAGAAUCACCCGCAAAAUUUUGUAAACAUAAAGGUUAUUUCCAGAACCCUGCCAGAGAGAUCAUGAUUGGUGAGUCUGGUUGAAUCCUGAUCACCAGUAUCUUUUUUUUGAAGGCAAGUCUAGGCUCACCAAGAGUUGCAAACCACAUCUUAUCUAGGGAUUGAGAACUCUCAUGUCUGCAGGGACCAGGCAUAUAACAAAUGACAUCGAAAGGAUGGGAGAGUGGUAAGAACUGUGGCCAAUUAAGAAUGUUUGCACCACCUAUUGGUAGUCAGCUCAAAAAACGGUGCCAGCCAAAAAAAGAGCUGACCAAUGGCCCACAAGACCAGCCUUUUGCGCCUCUCCCCCUCCCCGAGGCCGGACCCCGUGGCGCCCUCACCAUAGACGGUGAGCAUGCAACUGCUGCAGUCCUUGCCCAGCUCGUUCUCCACCAGCACGCUGUAAUCGCCGCUGUCCUUGAGCGUGCAGGUGGGGAUGACGAGGGUGCACACGCCGCUGGUGGAGUUGUACCAGAACUUGGAGUUGGCCGUUAUGUUGACGUCGCCCUUGUAGAGGGUCACUGUGGGUCGCGGGUUCCCAAGGAAGGCGCAGGUCAUGGUGCAGUCCUGGCCGCGGAGCACCGUGUGUGGCUUGAGGGGCGUCAGGAAGCGCGGUGCCUGGCGCCAGUCCUUCUUCUCGUAGGGCUUGAGCUUGGCGCUCAGAUCCUCGACUGCGCGGGCGGGGCGGGGCGGGCCGUGAGCGCGCCCCAAGGCCCCCACCCACCACCCACAUCUUAGAGCUCAGCUUACACGAAACCCCGAGGACCUAGGCCAGAUUCCCAGCGCCACUAACUCUGGGGGCCCAAUGUUACACUGGUUCCUAAGGGCUCCCCACCAGCCCCCAGACCUCUCCCAGACCCCCCAGCCCCGUCCCCAGCCACUCCAGGGUUCUGCUACCCAAGCCAUGCUUUCCCAUACACCCGGGGCCAAGAUGUCAUUCCAGCGCCAGCUUCCUGGACCCUGUUAUUCCCAGCCUUUAACUCCGCCUCCAAGCUUCCCCUACGUCAUAUCAGCGUCCACAGUGUCCCGUCUUAUCCCUUUAGCUCCUCAGUUCGAGUUUCCCGAUGCGGCCCGCACCCUUAACCCCUAGUCUCCAGGGAUCCCAGCCAUCCUCCUGGCUCCCUAGAGCCCGCCCCUGUUCUCUGCCCGGUUAGACCCUCCCCUCAGAGCAGAACGCAGAACGCGUCUGCGCUCUAAGUCCCUCCGCAGCCCCUCCACCGUCGUCUCCGCCCCCAAAGGUACCUCCCCAUCUCCACUUUAGUCUCACCCCUAAGUAUCCCGAAGAAAGCCAACAUUUCCUUCUCUCCGCAGCGUCCCAGAUAUUAACCGUUCUAUCUCAAUGGUUUUCGGAUUUUAUCCUGCCUCUUGGGUACCCUUUGCGAUUCUUAUGUCAUCCCCACCAUCAGGGCACCCAGACUUACUCUGGUCUUUAUUGAUGAGCCAGGUGUCCUUGGAGUCAAGUGGCUCACUGUCACCGAUUUCAUUCCGAGCCACCACUCUGAAGUAAUACUUCCUGCCUGGGAGCAGCCCGGUCACUGUGUACUUGUUGCUGAAGACACGCUCGGCUGCCGUGUACCAGGUGGCGGUGCUUGCAUCCCGCUUCAUGAUGACAUAGUGAGCCUCACUGUCCUCCUGCACAUCUGGGCUGUGGUUCCAGGUCAGAGUCACUGUGUUGGGGACUUCCUCAAACAACCGUAGGUUUGUAGGGGGCCGAGGGAAAUCUGGAAGAGUUGGAAGAUCUGUCAGCGACCUUGGGGGACCUGAAGUAUUGUGUCCCCAACCCAGCCAUCUGCCAAGUCCGAUGGUAGAUAAGAUGGGGCAAGUCUCAGGCAGCUGGUGUCUUGGAGUCGGAAAACUAUUUCUGAAGUCUGCUUUGCCAUUUACUAGCCCUGUGACCUGGGGUAAGUUACUUAUCUGAAACUUCUUUCCUCAGUUGCAAAAUAGAGCUAACAAUGACUAUUUCAUAGAAAUAGUGGGUAAAGAGCCUGGCAUGUAAUUACUGUUCAGUAAAAGUGAAUCCAUUCCUUC